UGCAGCUACUUCCUGCCUUGUGACCACACACCCCGGCUUAACAGGGCUGCUCUGCAGAUCUGGAGGACUAGUGUUUCUGAUCAUCCAGCAGUGCCACCAGGGACAGUUGCUCUACAAGGUUGUCACCUAAGCAGUGAAAAUGGCCAGAGGAUCAGUGUCUGAUGAGGAAAUGAUGGAGCUCAGAGAGGCUUUUGCCAAAGUUGACACAGAUGGCAACGGAUACAUCAGCUGCAAUGAGCUGAACGACUUGUUCAAGGCUGCCUGCCUGCCUCUGCCUGGAUACCGAGUGAGAGAAAUCACAGAAAACCUGAUGGCCACCGGUGAUCUGGACAAGGAUGGAAAGAUCAGCUUUGAUGAGUUUAUCAAGGUCUUCCAUGGCCUGAAAAGCACAGAGGUUGCCAAAACCUUCCGGAAAGCUAUUAACAAAAAGGAAGGGAUCUGUGCCAUUGGCGGCACCUCUGAGCAGUCCAGUGUUGGUACCCAGCAUUCCUACUCAGAGGAAGAAAAGUACGCCUUCGUCAACUGGAUAAACAAAGCACUGGAGAGUGACCCCGACUGCCGGCAUGUCAUCCCCAUGAACCCGAAUACCGACGAUCUCUUCAAUGCUGUGGGGGAUGGCAUAGUUCUUUGUAAAAUGGUCAACCUGUCAGUGCCAGACACGAUUGAUGAGAGAACAAUCAACAAAAAGAAGCUCACGCCCUUCACCAUUCAGGAAAACUUGAACUUGGCUCUGAACUCUGCCUCAGCCAUUGGGUGCCAUGUGGUUAAUAUAGGGGCCGAGGACCUGAAGGAGGGGAAGCCAUAUUUGGUCCUGGGACUUUUGUGGCAAGUCAUCAAGAUUGGGUUGUUUGCUGACAUUGAACUCAGCAGAAAUGAAGCUCUGAUUGCUCUUUUGAGAGAAGGAGAGAGCCUGGAGGACUUGAUGAAGCUGUCUCCUGAAGAACUGCUGCUGCGGUGGGCUAACUACCACUUGGAAAAUGCAGGUUGCAACAAAAUCACCAACUUCAGCACUGACAUCAAGGAUUCAAAAGCUUAUUACCACCUGCUUGAGCAGGUGGCUCCAAAAGGCGAUGAAGAAGGAAUCCCCGCUGUCGUGAUUGACAUGUCAGGACUGAGGGAGAAGGAUGACAUCCAGAGGGCAGAAUGCAUGCUGCAGCAGGCGGAGAGGCUAGGCUGCCGGCAGUUUGUCACAGCCACCGAUGUUGUCCGAGGGAACCCCAAGUUGAACCUGGCUUUCAUUGCCAACCUCUUUAACAAAUACCCUGCCUUGCACAAGCCAGAGAACCAGGACAUCGACUGGGGGGCUCUGGAAGGUGAGACAAGGGAAGAGCGGACAUUCAGGAACUGGAUGAACUCCUUGGGAGUUAACCCUCGAGUCAAUCAUUUGUACAGUGACUUAGCGGAUGCCCUGAUCAUCUUCCAGCUCUAUGAAAAGAUCAAAGUCCCUGUUGACUGGAACAGAGUAAACAAACCUCCAUACCCUAAGCUGGGGGGCAACAUGAAAAAGCUUGAGAACUGUAACUAUGCAGUGGAUCUGGGGAAGAAUCAAGCUAAAUUUUCCCUGGUUGGCAUCGCUGGACAAGAUCUCAAUGAAGGAAAUCGCACUCUCACAUUGGCACUACUUUGGCAGCUUAUGAGAAGGUACACACUGAUUAUGAUGGAAGACAUUGGUGAUGGGCAGAAGGUCAAUGAUGACAUUAUUGUCAACUGGGUGAAUGAAACAUUGAAGGAUGCUCAGAAAAGCUCAUCCAUCUCUAGCUUCAAGGACCCGAAGAUCAGUACCAGCCUCCCAGUUCUGGAUCUCAUUGAUGCCAUUCAACCUGGCUCCAUAAACUAUGACCUUAUAAAGACAGAAAACCUGGAUGAGGAAGAGAAACUCAACAAUGCUAAGUAUGCCAUCUCCAUGGCCCGAAAAAUUGGUGCAAGAGUGUAUGCCCUUCCUGAAGACCUGGUUGAAGUGAAUCCCAAAAUGGUCAUGACGGUGUUUGCCUGCCUUAUGGGGAGAGGAAUGAAGAGGGUGUAAGGCCCAGGACAGCAAGCCAGAAGGUGACACAGUCAACCCUGAGAAUCAGCACAGGGUGCUCCCACGAUAAAAAGGACAUACAAGCCAUUCCAAAGCCCCGGAACCAUGGAGACGUUAUAUGUGAUUCCGGAAAGAGCAUAUUUGUUCGGCCAAGUAGCUUCUACUAUCCUUAGCAAUAUGUGCAUCACUCUUUUAUUUUUUUCUUCAGAAGAUCCACUCUUCUACAGAUGUUUUCAUUCUUUGAAAUUCUGCCAGAAAAAAAAAUUAAAAAGAAGUUCUUUCCAGACGCCCUCCCUGCUUUCGCUGGUAGUCAAAGAGAAAACUAUGGUGUUCCUGUCACUUGAUCUUUCAAGCCAGUUUUAUCUAGCUGCUUUUUCCUUGUUCAGAAUGAGGACCUGGACGGGAUAUCAAACUGCCUUAAAUAAAGUCUGUCGCUAGAGGCCCACACUGGAUGGUCACAGCCUCUCCUUGCAUCCCCUCUCUCAGCCUGUGAGUUUGCUCCGGUCCCCUUUCUUGCCAAGUUUGUCUCUAAGCCACUGGAGCAUCUGACCAGUCAAUCAAGCUCCAGGCAUCCCAAGAGUCCCUGGGAACCUGCAAAACUGAGGGGUGGGUCAAGGAAAGUGUGAUAAAGAGUAAAACCACUCAGGGCAGGUAUGGAGGGGACCAUGAAGCAGCUACCUUUCUGGGCGCUGCAUCUCCACACUUUUCUCCUUCCUUAGUGAAUGUCUCUUAUUGUGGUCUUGGCAAAAUGUCUGGUGACAUCCGGAAGCAAUCCUGCUCAGCUUCGUUUGCUUUUAGACAUCAUAUUUGAUUGCUGCCAGGCCAUAUCACCAGUUCUUACUUUGUUGGUACUACAAAAGCUUUUCACCACCUUCAAGUUCCUAAGGGGUCGAUAUGUGCCAAUAAUAUAUGUCCCUUCCUCACCCAAAUGCUUUCACAGGCACACAUACAUCUGUAGCUGGAUGUCAAGAGUAGAAUGAUUACUAGGAACUGCCUGGGUUUCAAAAUAAAACAAAAAGAACAAUAUGAAUUUGAAUAGAUCCACUAGAUAAGCAAUUUCCAUGAAAACUUACCAAAAGCUAAAAAACCACAGAGCAUUGUGAACUAAUGCUAAACUCCCUAUGCAUUAGUGAAAGACUUAUUCCCAAGGUGUCUAUCUUCCUUGGGGAUAGCAGGGAGUGAUGGAACCCAUCAUCUUCCAAAGCAGUGCAGAUGCAGGCUCUUGACUUCAUUCCUUGGCAGUGGUCUCAGGAAGCCAAUAAAUGACUCUUUCCAGCUCCCAACCAGUAUCUCUGCUGAAUCUGAAUGCAAAGUGUUUGGUUGUGACCUUAGUCUGAACUCUAUGUCUCCUCAAAUGGUGUUUCCCCAUCUGCCUCCAUAAAGGAAGGGUGGUAUUGCCUUAAUGGAAAAUGAAGACAAAUCAUGUUAACAAUCUUUCCAAAUAAAAUGUUCUCAAUUCUG